UGAUUCACUUUCGGAUGUGAGCCAUUGAAACAACCCUCGUCUGCAUCACAUAUUGUGAACAGCAAGCGCUUUGGUUCAUAAGUGCUGCAUUUAUUAUCUACGGGUUAAAAGCACGUUACCGAUUUAUUUUUUUUUCUUUCCGUAUCGUUGAGUAAUACGUUUUGUAAACAACCCAUGAAUUUUUACCUGUGAGUUUCACCACGUGUUUAAAGUGAAUCAUUUGUGCCGGAAAUUUUUUUCGAUCAGGAUGUUUAAAACCUAAUUUACCAAAGAUCACCGUUUGCAUACUGCAGGUCUGCUGAUGCAUGUUAAAAAUUGCAACUGAUCUGUUCCUUGUGAAUUAGUGAUAACCAACAUAAUCCUGCAAUACAUGUGUGAUGUCACAGCUUCCGUAGGCACCACCUUAACCAUGCGUGUGAUACCUUAAAAUAAGUUUGUGAUAUUUGUGUGAUGAGGCUAAUUACAUGAUAAGUAUGUAUAAUAUUAUAAAUGUACAAGGAAGAGGGAAAUUUUCUGAAACUCCUUAAAAAUCGAUUUUCCUUUUUUCUCUUUAUUCAUAUGCAUGGUAAUACAUGUACAUUUUGCCCAGUAAAUAAUUGGAUAUGUAUAUAAAUAAAUAUAUCUCCGGUGACAAGUGGUUUAAUAUAUAGGCGAAAUACACUUACACGCUUGUGAUUGUUUUGCUUUAAGAAAACCGACACAGUCAUCUUGAAUUAAGGAUACAGUCAAACGUCACAGCUUCCGCCGUCAUCGCAGUGAGAUGCUAAAUCAGUAUAGUUAGUGUUGUUCCGGUAAUCGUGUGCAAGUUUGAUAACAAUUACAUGUUUAGUUUAGCGUAUAACAGGAUAUAUUCAGUGGAUUUACAUUCAAAAUUUUAAGGAUACACAAAGCUUUCUGAGACAGAUGGAUGUGUCUAUGGAGCUACCACCGCCACCUCCUCCAAUUGUGGACGAUCAGCCGGGGCCAGAUAUCGGUAGUGUGCCUUUGCCCUCAAUGGAGGGCCUAACGAUUCACGACAGCUCGGAGAGUACUUACUGUACGACAGAGGACAUUAUUCAUAUGCAACAGAAGGCCCAGCAGGCCAAACAAGGAAUUAACAGAAUCUCAGAGAAAUAUGAUGCCGUUGAUAAAUUCGGCCCACAGGGCAAAAGUAAUUUAUCUGGGAGCAAAGAACGACUAACAAUAUCAGAUAUUUCGGACCCAACUCCUAGUGGUUCAAAUAGACCUGGACUAAAUGUGUGUAACUUUGCCGAGGGCGUGACAGAAGAAGAUUUGCUACAAGUGGAUAUGUUUUAUCGUAGUCACAAGACUGAAGUUUUUGUGUGUCAAUGUCUUGCCAAUCUUUAUUUCGGGAAAGUUAAAGGGAACCAAGACCAGUGGAAAUUCGCCAUGACAGGUAUCCCCGUGUUGGUUUUAGACACCGGGGAUCACCACAGAAACCGGAAGUUACAAAUUGUUUUGGCAGAAAAAGGCACGGGCUUUCUUCUCUGGAAAGACGCCAUCGAUCAUUUGUCGACGUAUAAAGCCGAACACCCGAAUUUUCACACAAUGUCCCUGUCUACGGAUCACACGAGACUAGCGGGACUUAGUUUCGAUCAUUCGACCGCCGCUUCGGAUUUUCAUAGUACGAUAGAUAAGCUGACGUCAAAUCCUGAUGACGAAAUCAUGAGUCUCAGUAAAACGAAGCACAAAAGGCGAAAAUCUGAGAAAAAGAAAGCCCCAAAAUACAAACCACCGAAAAAGACAGAGAUCUCGACGCCAUGUUGUUUUGUCCACGUGACUAAAUUAGAAAGACCCGCCAUUGACUUAACGGCUGAUCACAGCAUUAUUUCUAGUCCAAUGCAUUUUGAAAACGUAUUAGAAAACCCUCCAAAUAUCCCCAACGGGAGUCAAAUGACUAUCACAAGUGAAUCAAGUUCCGGUUAUUCGGAUGACCUCGGGUCUCGUUAAUAUUCAGUUCAGGUGCUUUAAUUCUGUAUUCAAGAAAGGUUCAGAAGAGAUUUAAUGAUUCGAUAGCGCUCAGAAAAAGAUUCAUUGUGAUGUGCCAAUGGAGUGCAAUUGAAGUUCUUGUGAAAUAUCUUUAAUUCAUGUAGAAUUUCACAUCAAUUAUCCAGUAUCAAAACGGCUUUUGUACCUGGAUAGGAAUUUAACAUGCGAUUUGUUUACUAAUGGAUUAGAAUUUCUGUUCAUCUUAGAAGUCUGCAUUAACAGAACAGGAAAUUCUCUAUCUAAAACGAUCCUCAAUUACCUAGAUAAUGUGUUAUGUAAUAUGGUUUGACAUGCCUUAAAUUAUAACCAAGCUAAAACACAUCAUGGCGUACUUAAAUAAUAAACAAAUGUGUUCUAUUUAACAUGAAGAUUAACUUUUCACUAUUUUUUAUUCCUCAUUUUGGGGAGAUUUCAGGAUUGAUUUAUUGAAAUGUGUUUAUUAAAUAUUUUUAAAAAUAUUACAUCCAUAAGUAUACAUUUAUAUAAAUCGACCUUAACAAAACAUUUGGCGAGAAAACUUUGCUUCACUUUGUUUUCCCAUACCAGCUGAUAUUAUGGUUAAACAUGCAUGUAUAGUAAUGUUCAAGUCACGAUAGAUACAUAUUUGAUAACAACUUUAUUGUUUACAUUCACUGAAGAUUAUUUUGCAGAUAAGUAAGGUCUUCCCGGAAGUAAGUUUCAAUAUUCUAUAUAGUAAACAAGUUUAUAAAUAAAUGCACGCAAACAUAUAUGUCAGCAUAUGUGAUAUUGACUAUGUAUAGUGAUACAACUUUAGGGAAUCACCUGUAUAUGGCGCAGAAUGUGUAGGGUACAUUUGGUGAAUAAAUAUUUUGCUAGAGAA